UGAAAGUGAUUGUUAUAGAGAAUAGAUUUUUUAAAGAAGGAUAAGGGGACCAGGAUAAGUCUCUGUGAGAGGCCUGAGUAAGUAUUCAAAUUUAAGAGCAACCAAAGCAAAGUUCUAAGAAAAGCAAAUGUUUAUAAAGAGGCUCAAUACAGCAAGGAGACUGUGGUGGCUGGAGCUGAAUGAAGUGGGCAAGCAGAAACCGAAGUAAAUCAGAGAAAGACACAGGUGUAGAGAAGUGAGCCUUCCGGGGCUGGGAUUUAGCUCAGCGGCAUAAGCGCCUGCCUUGCAAGCAGGCAGUCAUGAGUUCAAUACCUGGUACCAAUAAAAAUGAAAAAAGAAAAAAAAAAAAAAAGUGAGCCUUCCAGUGGGCUCCCUACACAUGCAACCUCAGCAUCACUUGAAACAUGUUAGAAAUGCAGAUUUUUUUUUCUUUUUUUGUUUUUAUCGGUCCAAGGGAUCGAACUCACGACUGCCUGCUUGCAAGGCAGGUGCUUAUGCUGCUGAGCUAAAUCCCCAGCCCCAGAAAUGUAGAUUCUUAAGCAGGACCUGGUCACACAAUCCUACAAUCCCUGCACUCGGGGAAAUUGAAGCAAGAUCACAAGUUUGAGUCCAUCGUGGGCAAUUUAACAAGGCCCUGUCUCAAAAUUUAAAAAAAGAUUGGGAAUAUAGCUCAGUGCAAAGGUCCUGGGCUCAGUCCACAGUUGUGGGGGUGGGAGGAUGAGUUACAGGGGGUUUUUAAGUUAAUUUUAUUGACAAAAUCAUAUAUACUUAUUGUUUAUAACAUAUUUUGAAAUAUGCACACACUGGCGGAAUGGCUAAAUAAAGCUAAUUAAAAUGAGAAAUGUAGAUUCUAAGACACAUUCAAUCAGAUUCUAGAGUUAGGCCCAGCAAUCUGUCUUUGUGGUGCUAGGCCUCAAGCAUGCUAGGCCAAUGCUCUACCACUGAAAUGUACCUCAACCCUUAGCAAUCUAUUUUAGGGACUAGGGAUUUAGCUCAGUGGUAUAAGCACCUGUCUUACAAGCUCAGGGUUGUGAGUUCAAUCCCUGGUACCAAUUUUUAAAAAAAGCAAGCCAUCUAUUUUAACCAGCCUUCCAGGUAACUGAAGUGAGAAAGUUAAAGAAUCACUGAGGAGCUUUGUAAAUAAUUUAGGAACCGGGACUGGGGAUUUAGCUCAGCGGCAUAAGCACCUGCCUUACAAGCAGGCGGUCGUGAGUUCGAUUCCCGCUACCAAUAAAAAGAGAAAAAGAAAAAAAUAAUUUAGGAACCUUAGUUUGUGAGUGCCUUCCAGCCAGAGACCAGAACAUACCUGUUUGUAGCUUGAAACGAAAUGGUAAUGCAGGCCUGUAAUCCCAAUACUGGGAAGCUAAGGCAGGAGGAUUGUGAGUUCAGAACCAUCCUGGGUUACACAGUGAGUUCCAGGACAGCCUGGACUACAUAGUGAAUCCCUCUUUCAAAAAACGAGAGAGGAACCAGGUAUAGUGGUGCAUACCUGUAAUCCCAAUACUGGGAAGCUAAGGCAGGAGGAUUGUGAGUUCAGAACCAUCCUGGGUUACACAGUGAGUUCCAGGACAGCCUGGACUACAUAGUGAAAUCCCUCUUUCAAAAAACGAGAGAGGAACCAGGUAUAGUGGUGCAUACCUGUAAUCCCAGCGGUCAGGAGACUGGGGCAGGAGGAUUGUUGUGAGUUCAAGACAAGCUUGGGCUAUAAAGUGAACUCAAGGCCAGCCUGAACUGCAUAGCAAGGCCCUGUCACAAAAAGACAGAAAAAUGAGUUUAUUACUCCUAAUAAGAAAGCAAGCACCAGGGAGAACCAUGGGGACGUCUCAGUAGACUUUAAGGUUUGGACAGUUUGGGGGAAACUUUAAGGAAACAAGUCCUCAUUCUGGAUCUUGUGCCUUCAGAAAGCAAGGACAUUUCUGUGACUGGAAUAUGUCAAUGAACCUUUUGAGAGGGACAUAUAUGAGUGAGGCAAAAGCUAUAACUGGUAAAGAAGCAGCAGUCGCUUGUAUUAGCAGAAAGAGGAGGAUACUUGGUAUUUUGUCAAGCACAGUGACUGUCCUUAUCUUGUUUAGAUAGAAUUAUGAAGCGGCCCUCUUGUGUUCCACUUUCUCGUGGUCUGAGUGGACAUGUCUGCUGCCGGUGUUGAGAUUGUUUGUAGCCAACAGAAGGAUAACCUGGCUUAGCUGUGAAUGCCAGGCCCGUUUCUGACAACACCAAGGCCCAGCAGUGUCAGACCAGCUCCUCAUGUCAGGGCUGCUUUUUUCUUUCUCAGCCUUUUGCUCUGCAAGAUGAGCCACUGGAAGGUUUUGAACAGAAGAGUGAUGACCUGACUGAGGUGUUUUUUUUUUUUUCUUUUUGUGGUGUUGGAAUAGAACUCAGGGCCUUAUCCAUACCACUGUGCUACCUCCUGGCCCUUCUGAUUGGGUUUCAGAAUAACUGACUGCUGAUCAGGGAAGGGUCAAUAGCUCGGGCUUAGACUGGGGCAAGGGUGGAAGCCAGGAGGCAGUGUAGGAGGAAGAUGAGAGGUGAAGGAUAAGAUAUGGCAUAGUAAAAGAGACCUAUUAAACGCUCCUCAACUAGAUCUGACAAACCUUAGAAACAGUUAAGAUUUCCAGGAGAUCCAAGAUCAAACAUCCUACCAGAAAUUUAUUAACCAGGGAAAAGGUAGCAAGUUAGCAGUGAGGACUGAAAAAAUUUCUUCCAUUUUUUUACUUAAGAGCCUUUUACAGAAGAGACCUUUCAUUCAAACCAAACCACCAGUUCUCUUCUGGGGUAGUAACCAUGGACAUUUUUUUGCAUAUCUGUAUAUGUGCAUACAUGCACUUCAUUUCCUGGGUGGAAGAUACUUUGCUAAGAGUUUUAUGUGCUAGACAGGCAUGGUGGCACAUUGUAAUCCUAGCAUUUGGGAGGCUGGACUAGGAAGAUCACCAUGAGCUCAAGGCCAGCCUGGGCUACAUAAGCAAGUUCAAGGCCAGCUUGCACUACACAGUGAGACCCUGUCUCAGGAAGAAAAAAAGAGCCCUAAAAUAAAAAAGUUUUUUUGUGGUACCAGGGAUCAAACUCAGGACCUUGAGCUUGCCAGGUAAGCACUUAUGCCACUGAGCUAAAUCCCCAGUCCACAAAAAAGAGUUUUAUGUGCUUUAUCUUAAUCUUUACAAAGGUUUAUGAUCUGGAUAGGGCUUUUAACCUCAGCUUUACUGAUGAAGAAACUGAGGGUUAGUAUGGUAUUACUUAUUGUAUGGUUUCUAAAAUCCUGUUGAAUAAAGGUGUAUUAGUGGUGGCACACAUCUGUAAUCCCAGCACUCAGAAGGCUAAAGCAGGAAGAUUGUCACUAGUUCAAAACCAGCAUAGGCAUCAUAAAAAUAAAGAUGUAUUAGAUUAGUGAUUGCUUUUGGAUGAAAGGGGUAAAAAGAUUACAAAAUUAAAUAUGUGUACUGACUUGAACAUGCACAUCAAUUUCAAAAAAAUUUAUGUGUGAAAAAGUGUAGACCUUAAAAUAAAGGAUAUGUCAUAUAGCUGGCUCCACUUUACAGACAUGGGAACCAGAAUCUCAGGCAGGUGAAAGUAUGCGAGGGGAUGUCAGAAACCGUAUUCUUUAUGCAUGAUAUCUCCUCUCCCUAUCUAUGAUAACUGUGGUGAAUCUUUGUGAGCACUUGCCUAGCAUGCAUGAGGCCCUGGGAUUCAAUCUGCAGCAUCACUAGUGAUAGUAAUAAUUUAGGACUUUUGUACCCAUUGGUAUUUCAUUACAAAAUGAAGGUGUGUACUGCAGGUAUUAUUUUUUUGAUUUUUGAUUUUUGGUCUGUUUUUUUUUUUUUUUUUUUUUUUUUUUUGGUACCAAGAAUUAAACUCAUGGCCUUGCACUUGCCAGGCAGGCAUUUAUGCCACUGAGCUAAAUUCCCAGCCUCAGGUAUUGUUUUUUUUUUGUUUGUUUGUUUUUUGUUUUUGUUUUUUUUUUUUUUUUGGUCUUUUUCCUUUUCAUUGGUACCAGGGAUCGAACUCGUGACUGCCUGCUUGUAAGGCAGGCGCUUAUGUAGCUGAGCUAAAUCCCCAGCCCCCAGGUGUUGGUUUUUUUAAGCUUCCCUCCACUCUUCCCCAACUUCCACCCUGGCUGCUCUCCUGAAAUUGGUGCUGUUAGAUCCUGGCAUCUAAAGAAUCUGUAAUGUUCACUCUUCUCCAAGCAAGUUGUAUUCUUUUUCUUUUUCUUCCUUUUUUUUUUUUUUUUAUACUGGGGAUUGAACUCACAACUUUGUGUUUGUCAAGCAGGCACUUACGCCCCUGAGCUAAACCCUGGCCCACAGGUUAUGUUCUUUUUCUUUUCUUUUCUUUUCUUUUUUGGUAGGAGGGAAUCAAACUCAUGACCUUGUACUUCUCAGGCAGGUGCUUAUGCCACUGAGCCAAAUUUGUGGCCCCAACAAGGACUUUUCUGAGAUAAUCAAAUUUUUUCCACACUGAUUGUGAUGGUGGUGAUGGUUAGAAGAUUAAUAUAGUUCUCAAACUCUUGAACUUUUUGAGAACUUAAACUAGACAUGGAUUAUAUUAGAAUUUUAUGUAAAUUAUACUUCAAUAAAGAUUAUUAAUUAAAAAAUGUGUAGGAUUGUUUUGUUUUUAUCUUUUUUGGGGGACGGUCUUUUUUUUUAUCGUUUUGAGACAGAGUCUUGCUAUGCAGUUCAGGCUGGGCUGGAGCUCAUUUUGUAGCCCAGGCUGGUCUCAAAUUCAAAAUGAUCCUCUUGCCUCAGCCUCCUGAAUGCUGGGAUUACAGGUGUGCACCCCGGUGUGUGUGUGUGUGUGUGUGUGUGUGUGUGUGUGUGUGUGUGUGUCUUUUUGAGACAGGGUUUCACUAUGUAUUCCCGUCUGGCCUUCAACUCAUUAAGUAACCCAGGCUGGAUUCAAAUUUGCAGUGAUCCUCCGGCUUCAGCGUCCCAACUGCUGGGAUUAUAUACAUGAGCCACUGCAUCCAGCACAUGUAAUCAGUUCACCCAGAGGGAUCUCUAUGAGAUAUUGUUAUAGGAGAAAAACAAGUUGUUUGGUAACAAGCAGAAUAUGAUCACCUUUGAUACCACCACAGUGGAGGAAAACCUUCUUGAUCUUUGUGUGGAACGAUGUUUGCAAGUUCUGGAAGUCUUUGGCAGAAGGAUACACUCCAGGCUGGUAAUGUGGGUCACACUGAGGGGGCCGAAAUUGAGGGAAAAAGUAUUACAUUUUUCCCUAUAUGUCCCUGGAUGUUUUCCAAUGAACACUAUUAUUUUCACAAUUAAAAAUAGUAAAAAUAAAAGGGAAACAAGAAUAAUAUAUAUGCAGAUGUGUCUGUGGGAAGAACUCUGCAGAAGGAAGAAUCAGCCUGGUGACUGCAAGGAAAUUAAAGGGAACAAGGUACAAUUGUUAGACUUUACAAAAGGAAAAAAAUCUUACAUGACAUCUGAAUGGCCAUUCUUGUAGUGGGGCAGGGACUAGAAACUAGAAUGCAGUGCACGGAAAACAGGUGCAGAUUGGAAGGAAGGGCUCUGAGUGGGGCCCACUUGUUUAGGAAUCUUGAUCAUAAAGGGAAAUCUGUAAACAGUACAGUUAGGGAGUGAGUCACCGAGCAAUUGGAAACAAUGCCCACCACCACCUCCUAGCACUGAAGAUUGAACUCAGGGCCUCAUGCAUGUUAGGCAAGUGAUCUACCACUGAGCUACAUAUAUCCCAGUCCUUUCAUUAGAGACAAGGUCUCCCUAAGUUACCUGUGCUCACCUUAAAUUUGUAAUCCUCCCACCUCAGGCCACUAAGAAUCUUGGAUUCCAGGCAUGCAAUACCAUGUGCAGCCCUUGGAGGGUUUUUUGAGGAAAGGACAGGAAUUCCUAUGGCUUUUUGAUGGCGAAGAGAACCAAUGAAGAGAAACUGGCCAAAGAUGUUCAAGAACGUGGGUAACAAAUAGUAGUAAGAAAGCCUUCAGGAGCUGGGGUUAUAAACUCAUUGUGAGUUCAAUCCCAGUACCAAAAAAAAAGAUGUAUCACUUCCUCAGAAUUUAAUUUGUUUCAUUCACAGCUGCCAUAGACCUAGCAACACCUUUCCAAAUCCCUGUCUCUAAUUAACUUUUAAGUUUAUUUAUUGAGACAGAAUCUCACUUUGUAGUGCAGGCUAAGCUCAAACUUACUGUAUAGCCCAGCUAGCUUUAAACUUGAGGCAGUCAACCUGCCUCAGCCUCCCGAAUGCUGGAAUUUCAGGCGUACACCAACAUGGUUAGCUCCUGUCUCUAAUUUUAAAAAGGCAACUGAGCCAAAAUUUUGACCUAAUGUCAAGAAUCUGCUGUGUGUCCUCAUGCAAGACACUCAGGCUCUGGGCCUCAGUUUUCUCAUUGGCAAAACGGGAUUAAUAAUCUCCUUGUCUCAAGGUGUUGCACAAAGAUAAGGUACUCAAAGAGCUGCACUUGCUGCUCAGCAACGCGAAACCACAUGGCGAGUCUGCACCAUCUAACUGAUGAUGUCACAAUACCCCUCUAGACUCCAACUUCUCCAUCAGGGAGCUGUAGAUCCUUUGGAGCCAAGGAAUGGAACUGACAUGUGAGACUUCCGUCAACUGAGGAGUUCAUGAGCAUACUCCUUUGCCAAGAUAUCGGUGAAUGGUCUUUCAUCCUGACAUUGUCUUAGAAAUUGUUUUACUUUUGAUCAUGAUAGUGCUUGGCUGGAUGCUUUUCGUUGGACUUGCGUGUUAUAUGGGCACCUUCCCAGAGGUGAUGCCUCCAACUCUAAAGUGGAAACAGAGAUAUCCUGUUCUGGAGAGCAAAACUCGGCGGAGGAGCUGGGCUUUGGAGGAAGAUCUGCCCAUGUGAGGACCAGGAACCAUGUGGAAGGGAUUUAAAUAUCCCCCUGGAGGGACCCCUGUGGAAAUAAGCAAGGAUGAUCCCGGUGAAGUAAUGCAGCUCUGAAGCUUACCUGGCUAGCUGUAUAGUUCCUGUUGAUGGUUUCACAUAAAGUAAUUGCAUGCUAUUUUGUCAUAUGUAGUUACACACUUGGUAACUACAAAGACUUGGUAUUCUGUUAACUUAUAAUUGGGAGAUUCAGGGUGGGAAGGGGGAGUCAGUGGGAUAUCACUGGGUUCCUUCUGUCAGUGCAUCAGAUACUUUUCUCUCAUUGCUGGGACAACAUACUCAACACCCAAAGUUAAGGAAGAAACUAUUUAGCUCACAAUUUGUGAAGGUUUCAGUCCAUAAUCAGCAGCUCCAAGGCAGGGUGUCAUGGCAGAGGGGCAACAGUUCAUGAUGGUAUCAGACAGCGAAAGCAACAAGAGCAAAACGGGGGAAACAUGCCUUUUUUUCUUAUAUUGGGUGCAGGCUACCUGUCCUAGAGGUGUAGCAUUCACACCCCUAAUCCCAGCACUAGACAAUGAACCAAUCUCUAGAUUUGGCCACCUCCAAAAAGCCUACCCCUAUGACCUGCAUGAGGUUUUGGGAGGACAUCCAGACACAAACCAUGAAGAUUAAGAUACCUACCUAGUUCAGUUGUUCCCUCUAAGGGCAGAGAUUCUCAGAUUCUCUAGAGCUCUUUAGACAUUUUCCCUUAUGCCCUCCUCCUCCUGAGUCCAGGGUUAAGGUGAAGAAUAUUACAGAAAGUGCUAGACAUUCUCUCAGUUUUAACCCUAUUGUUCUCUUUUUCAUUAACCUUUUCUUAGCUAUUUUACUAGGAAUCCAAAGCUUACCCCACAUGGGAAAAGGUUUAGUAUUGAGGACAGACUAAAGUAUACUUUUAUUUCAACCCUUGUAACUUUCUGAAGCUAAGUAUUAGUUUCAUUUUACAAAGUAGCAAAAUGAGAGGCUUAAGUAUCUUGCCUGUAUCAAGACUCUGUUGUAGCCAAGAUUAAGACCUGAAAGAAAGAAAAAAACUUGCAAUCCUCCUGCCUCCCAGACUGCUGGGAUUACAGGAAUGUCGUCUGGCUUUUUGGGAUUGUAUCUCCAAUUUUGCUACUUAAAUGUCGUCCUCAUCAGAAAAGUAAAGCUAUCUGAUGAUCCUUUUAGAUAAGUAGGUAUAGAAACAAAAGCUACCGUAACUGCUUUACUGUCAAUAUGAUGCAAGAAGUUUAUAAGAUGAUGAAUGGAAUAAGAUGUACUAGUAAAUCUAGGUGUCCAGACUCCAGGAUCUCAGUAAGUCCUUUAAAAGUGGUUUGGAGAUUUCACACAGGGACUGGGAACAUGGGGAUGACCGACAUUUACAUGCUCAUGAGAAAUACACCCUUUUUCUGCAAAGCAAUCCUUUGGGUACACAGAAAAGAUCUUGUUACUUAUUUGGAACACAUUUGCUUAAUUACUUGUAAGUUACUCAUUGUGUUGAUGUUGGAUUGCCCUUUUUAUGGAAAAUAAAAUGAAUCCAAAUGUCAUAAAUACAACUGUUAAACUUCUGAACCUUGGGUGCUAGCAUCUCUUGUAUUUCUUAGCUGACAUAGACUCAACACAUUGUAGUUAGGCUUUUGUCUACAUCUCUGGCUGUGCCCACUGUACCUCACAUAUAUACCCUUCAGGCUUGGCAUUUUCUUACAAUAGGUGAUCAGAACCUACUCAUUUUGACAAGAUAACAGCUCUGCCUCUUCCUUCCAGUUUGAGCAUGGGCCACGAAACUAGACUCCAUUGCUCUAACCACCCAACAGCUCUCCUAACGUAGCUGUCUGACAGCAUACGAUACCCCAAGCUAGCAGUGGACCAGGACAGGGAUAAGUGGAAGGGACUGAAAAGAUGUGAAUGUGUAAGACAGAAUGAGCAGAGUGUAUUCAGGAGCCAAACCAAAACCAACACACUAAUGAGUCAACUGAGAUUUCUACCCGGGAAAAUGUUUAAGGUGGUAACAGCUCAAAGUUUCAAUCAAUAAAUGCAAACCAAUAAAAAUAUCAAUAAAAUAUUUUAAUGCCUACAA